GCCAGAGCGCACGGUUACAAUGAGCUUCUCCAUCGGUCCGACUGAGAGCCAGCGUCAGUACCGACCACCGAGCAGCACACACACCGCCACAGACCCUGACCGACACCAGCUCCGCCCGCCCGCAGCAGGAUGCCCGGGGGAAAGAGAGGGCUUGUGGCACCGCAGAACACUUUUCUGGAGAACAUCGUCCGGCGUUCAAGUGAGACCAGCUUCCUCCUAGGAAACGCCCAGAUCGUGGAGUGGCCUGUAGUUUACAGCAAUGACGGAUUCUGCAAACUGUCUGGCUUCCACAGGGCUGAGGUUAUGCAGAAGAGCAGCACAUGCAGUUUUAUGUACGGAGAGCUGACGGACAAGAAGACCAUCGACAAAGUCAGACAGACCUUCGACAACUAUGAGUCCAACUGCUUCGAAAUCCUGCUGUACAGAAAGAACAGAAGUCCAGUGUGGUUCUACAUGCAAGUUGCUCCCAUCAGGAACGAGAAUGACAAGGUGGUUCUGUUUCUCUGCACUUUUAAGGACAUCACUCUCUUCAAACAGCCAAUUGAAGACGAAACCACUAAAGGAUGGACCAAGUUUGCGCGGCUGACACGAGCGCUCACCAACAACCGCAACACGCUGCCGAAGCUGGCGCCCAUCGACAAACAUGAAGUCAGCCAUAAACAGUCUAGACUGGCAGAGGUUCUGCAGCUGAACUCCGACAUCCUCCCUCAGUACAAGCAGGAGGCCCCCAAGACCCCUCCCCACAUCAUCCUCCACUACUGCACCUUCAAGACCACCUGGGACUGGGUCAUCCUCAUCCUCACCUUCUACACGGCCAUCAUGGUGCCCUACAACGUCUCCUUCAAGACCAAGCAGAACAACAUCGUGUGGCUGGUGCUGGACAGCGUGGUGGACGUCAUCUUCCUGGUGGACAUCGUCCUCAACUUCCACACCACUUUCGUGGGGCCCGGCGGAGAGGUCAUCUCUGACCCUAAACUCAUCCGUAUGAACUACUUGAAGACCUGGUUUGUCAUUGACCUGCUGUCCUGCCUGCCCUAUGACAUCAUCAACGCCUUUGAGAACGUGGACGAGGGCAUCAGCAGUCUGUUCAGCUCUCUGAAGGUGGUCCGCCUGCUGCGUCUGGGCCGGGUGGCCAGGAAACUAGACCACUACCUAGAGUACGGUGCUGCUGUUCUGGUCCUGCUGGUCUGCGUGUUUGGACUGGUGGCUCACUGGCUCGCCUGCAUCUGGUACAGUAUCGGAGACUACGAGGUUAUCGAUGAGGCCACCAACACCAUCAAGAUGGACAGCUGGCUCUACCAGCUGGCUAUCAGCAUUGGAUCACCUUACCGCUACAACGCCAGUGGCUCUGGCCAAUGGGAGGGCGGCCCUGGCAAGGAUUCUCUGUACAUCACCUCUCUGUAUUUUACUAUGACCAGCCUGACGACCAUCGGAUUCGGCAACAUCGCCCCCUCCACGGACGGGGAGAAGAUCUUCUCUGUGGCCAUGAUGAUGGUGGGAUCUCUGCUCUACGCCACCAUCUUUGGAAAUGUGACCACCAUCUUCCAGCAGAUGUACGCCAACACCAACCGUUACCACGAGAUGCUCAACAACGUCAGGGACUUCCUGAAGCUCUACCAGGUUCCGAAGGGGCUGAGCGAGCGGGUGAUGGACUACAUCGUCUCCACCUGGUCCAUGUCCAAAGGCAUCGACACCGAGAAGGUCUUAUCCAUCUGUCCCAAGGACAUGCGGGCCGACAUCUGUGUCCACCUCAACAGGAAGGUUUUCAACGAACAUCCUGCGUUCCGGUUAGCCAGUGACGGCUGCCUGCGCUCGCUGGCGGUGGAGUUUCAAACCACCCACUGCGCCCCUGGAGACCUGAUCUUCCACGCCGGAGAGAGCGUCGACACCCUGUGCUUCGUUGUGUCGGGGUCACUGGAGGUCAUCCAGGACGACGAGGUCAUCGCCAUCUUAGGUAAAGGUGACGUGUUUGGGGACGUCUUCUGGAAAGAAACCACCCUGGCACAUGCGUGCGCUAACGUCAGAGCGCUAACGUACUGCGACCUCCACGUCAUCAAGAGGGAAGCCUUGCUCAAAGUGCUAGAGUUUUACACCGCCUUCGCCAACUCCUUCUCCCGCAACCUCAUCCUCACCUGCAACUUGCGCAAGCGGAUAAUUUUCCGCAAGAUCAGUGAGGUGAAGAAGGAGGAAGAGGAGAGGCAGCGAGCGAAGAAUGAGGUGCAGCUCACCAUCCCGCAGGACCAUCCCGUGCGGAAGCUUUUCCAGAAGUUCAAGCAGCAGAAGGAGCUCCGCAACCAGGGAGCCGCAGCCGCCUCGCAGCUUGACGUGGAGAAGAACCAGCUGCAGGUGGAGCAGCACCACCACCAGCACCUGCACCCCCACAGCCUGCAGCUGGGCCACUCCAGCCUGCAGCACUCCCUGCCGCUCAGCCUGCAGCGCCCCCCCUCCUCCAUGCAGAACGGGGCUCCGCCCAGCAGCAGCGUGCUCACCGUGUCUCAGGUCACGCCCAUGCAGAGUUCUCUGGCGUACAGCCAUCCUGGCGAGCCUCCCGCCAAGCAGAACAACUGUGAUAUCAUGGAGCUGCAGCCCAGUUGUGCUGGAGGUGGAGGUGAGCAGACUGUCAGGCUUAAAAUCAGCACCAGCCCCGCGCUGGCCAAGCCGGCCGUCAAGGCCAGCGGCUGGAUGCGCCUGAAAAACAACAUGGCUCCAGUGGAGGCCAGGAAGGAGGGCCUGAACAACAACGUCAAGGCUGUUUCUGUGGAGAUGCUCUCUCAGGAGGGUAAAGGUCAGGAAGCAGGAGGAGGUGGGGAUACAGAGGAGGGCGGGGUGUCCAGCAACAAUCCCCUCCGCAAGACAGACUCCUGCGACAGCGGCAUCACCAAGAGUGAGCUGCGGAUCGACCGGGCGGGGGAGGCACGAACCCCCGCCGCUGUCACCCCCCUCCUCCACAGCCCUCUCCCCGGAGGAGCGGGGUCUCCUCACCCUUUCUGCCCCAUCCCCGAGCAGGCCCUGCAGGCCGCGCUGCACGAGACCCGGUUGGAGCUCCGGGAGGACAUACAGACUCUGGGAGGCCGUCUGGGCGCCCUGGAGAGUCAGGUAGCUGAAAUUAUCAAACUGCUCUCAGACAAGAAGCGGCCGUCCACGGGGGCGCUGUCCGCCUCCACCACACCCAAAACCAAAAUCCAACGUCAGGACAUUUUCACCGUUUCUAGGCCUGUUUCUCCAGACUCAGAGAAGGACGACGGGCUCUGAAGAGAGCUUCACCAGUGGUGUAGGGAGUGUACUGGAACACACAGUGAUCACAUGGCACAUUGUUCAACUACGAUCACGAUUAUCAGUUCAAGGUUACGCUCGAUUUUUGGGCACCAGUUACGCCACUGGUCUUAAUCCUGGGAGAUUAAAAAAACAAAACUGGCUUCUUUAACAUUUGCACACUGACUUUUACCUCCGGGUCAUGUGAGAGUCGUGACUCCGCAGUGACCUGGAUCCCGUUUUUGUGAUUGUACAUACCUCUCUAUGCAUGUCCAGCUGGAUUCUGGCCUGCCAAAGAAACAACUACUGAACGUACUUAUUGCCUGUAUAUUAUGCAGUUGACUGCAUGCAAAUCGAAUUUAAAGAGAACUGACAUUUUAUUGAGCUACACUGUACAUAUGAAUAUUUUUCAUUGAUAAUUUACUAUGUGGACAUUCAGGGUUUGCAUACUGGUAGCACUAUAAACAUUGAAUAACAAAAGGGUUUACUGGCAAAGGGAUUGUGCAUGGAUUAUUUAUUAAUAGAGAAACUGGGAAGGAUGGAGUUUUUUUUUUUUCCUUUGCCUGUGAGAUGGAAUAGAAGUUAGACUCAGCUUCGCCCUGUAAGAACACUGAUUCCCAAAUGUGAUGAAGACGCAUCCCUCAACACAUGACGGAAGUUUUCCAGUAUGUUUUUAUAUUAAUUAUCACUUUUGCUUCUUAUAAUAAUUUCUAUUUUUGAUUACGGAAAUGUCCUCAGUUUGAUGUCGGGUAAACCCUUAUAAAUGGUUAUUUUGUUAGAAUCCUCCUCGUGUCUAUGCAUCGCUCGGGUACGCCACUAGAAUAUUCUGGUUAUACUUUUUGUUGUCAUGUCGCUGACUGAAGGACGUUUUUUGUUUUGUUCCAUUCCUUUGCAUGAAUCAGGGAUGGCAGAAUGCACUUUGGGUAAAGCUGGGACGACAAGAAGGCUUUGGGGAAAUAACACGGAGUUUAGUUCACAUAAAAGUCCACUCAGCACAGUGACAUGUAAUCCCACAGCCCCAGCACCACACACGGCAGUCUUAACCAGCGAGCGUCGCACUGAAGCCCCGCUCUGAAUUCCAUUAACGACAGCAGCUUCGCCGCAAAAAGCUCAAGUAAUAAAAAAUGGAAUAUUGUACUUUUUAUGAUAUCAGUUUUCUAAAUCUGCAUGCAGAGGAGUAGUUUUAUGCUCCAGAGUGCGUACGUAUAUAUGCGUGUGUGUGUGUGUGUAUGUGUGUGUGCAGGAGCUGACACGCACACUUCACACGCACACGGGCACAGUGUGGCGGCGUCUUCUUGAUGUGAACCCUGAAGGCCCAGGGAGACGUUCUCUUCGCAGGAGGCAGAUCAGUCGGUUUUGUCAGAAGUCGAGGUUUUCAGACACUGUCCCCCCCUCACCCUGCAGCGCAGCAGCACCCAUCACACGACACACACACACAAUCAUAUUUAAUAAGGCAGAAUAAAAAGAAUAGGCAGAACAUAGAUGUACGGUAGCCAUCAUGGAAGCCUCAAAUAGUUUUAAAUGACUAGAUUCAUGUAAUUCCUGCUUUAUUAUCCACAGUGUGAGUGAAUGAACAGGUGGCAGGAAACAGGCUCAAGUGUCUGAGGGUGUUGUCUCCUUUGUUCUGAAUCAGGAAUAAUUUUGUUCCCAAGUUGCA